AUGUGUAUGUUAAAUGGACGAGUUUAUAGUGAAAAUGGCUCAAAUAACUUUUCAUGUGUAUCAAAAUGGGACAAGUCUGUCGUUGACUAUGCAUUAACAGCAAACGAACAGUUAUCUAGGUGUAAAUCGUGCAACAUAUUUCUCAUGUCAGACGUUAUAAACCGAAGCGGGAUACAAUUUGAAAAAUCGGUGCCAGACCAUGGGCCCAUCAUGUGGACAAUAGAUGUACAAAGUCUCGAUUCGGAGACACAAACAGAGUUACAUAAUCGUGACGUGCCAUUUCGGAAGAUACCGUCCGGACCAGCUACAACAAAAAGAGGGAAGAGUUUAAGUAAGCCGUAUUGGAACGAGGAUCUAUCUGCUCUAUGGGACAUUGUAUGUGAAAAAGAGAAGGCAUGGUUAAACUGCACUGAGCAUUGCUCACGGAGGAAACUUCGAACAGAAUUCUGUGAGAAAAGAAAAACUUUUGAUAAGAUCGUAGAUCGUAGAUAUAAACCUCAAUACCAAGUACAACAACAGGGCAUGCUUAUCUCAACGUAUGGUAAUUCAAAUAAGAGAGACUUUUGGAAACAGUUUGGAAAAAUCGGAAUCGCUAACGAUAGGGGAAAUGGAAUUCCAUUAAAAAUAGAAACUGAAAACGGAUUUAUUUUAGAUCAUGGAGCUGUUCUAGAUAGGUGGAAAACCGACUACAACAAUUUGCUGAACGUACCAUUAAGCGACGACUUUGAUGCUGCACACUUGGAGGAUAUAAAAAACGGUAGGCACAUAUUUUUGGAACAAGACUGUAAAUCUCUAAACGAGAGAAUAGGCGAGCACGAGGUCCGAAAAUCCGUAUAUCAUAUGAAAUUAGGAAAAUCUGCAGGAAUAGACUAUAUAGUCAACAGAAGACGAUACCUAAGAAACGAGAUAAUGGUGUCUAGAAUACAUUAUACAGCGGUCAAUUACAUACUCAUUGUGUUCAGUGUGGUUAUAAUAUCCGGUCUUAUCUUGGGAUUGUUAUAUCUUAUUUAUAGAGAAUUUAUCAGACAUCAACAGAAACAGUUUAAUCAUAUGAAAGAAAGGCUGUUCAGACGUCGACCUGGAAUCAGUGGUGUUUCAGGAUCCGGUGAAGAUAUUGAAACAGAUAGUAGUAAUUCAAUCGAAGGUCAUGCAAGCAGUGUGAUGGAAUUAAAAUCUGUGACAUCUGCCGAUCAAAUUUUAUGUUGA